CGCCGCUCCGAGCACGGCACACCGCGACAGUGUUCGGUUUCCGGCUUUUCGCAUCGGUCGACUAUUGCUGUUGUCCUCGCUGCCGCUGCUGGUGCUACUGGCCGCUGCUGUUGAGUUCGGCGAGCGCGCGCGCGAAUAAAUUAAUAUAAAAAUUCGUAUAUUUUAUCGUUACUGACUGUGCACAUAAUACACCGGCUCGAUUAUUUUAUUUUUAACUAUUAUAUUUUUUAAAGCGUAUCGUUGUCAUAUACGUCAUCAACGCGUCUAGACACAUUAUAAUAUAAUAUCAUCCUUUCGGGUUUUAUUUUUUACUCGCGAUCGCUUACACGUGUCCGUCGUCGAUAUACGCGCGGGUGUCGUCAUCGUUGUUGUCGUCACCGUCAUCGGUCGUUUUACAAGCACGAGGUGCCUAUACAGUAGUAUAUAAUAUUAUUUCAAACGAAACGGAAGGAAUAGAAAUACGCUGCAAAUCAGUGCGACAGUUGCACUUUGAUUGAAUAUAAUAAGAACGAGCGCCGUAAUUGUACACGAGUGCGCGCCGCGUAUGAUACGUCGCGUCGUCUGCAGGUGGUCGCCGUCUUUACUGCGCUAUUACCGUGCUAGCAGCUCUACCGGCCGCCGCCGCUGCCGCCGUCUUCGCUGUAGCAGAGGAUCGUUGUCGGCAGUCGCGGCGGACAGAAAGACGUCGCGGCGGGCUGCAUCACCGCCAACCGUCGCCCGGCGGACGGCCGCGCAUUGAUCAUUCCCGGCACCGGUUGACCACAGCCAUCACGACGCCAGUGGGUCAGGACGCCGCCGGGGCGGUGCACCAGCCGCCUUAUGCCAGGGGUUGCCGGAUCCGCACGACGGCCGUCGGCGGUCCACAGCACCACGGCGGCCACAUGGCCACAUCGUCGCUGGCCACCACGUUUGGCCUGCAGUUCUACCCGGACGAGACGACCACCACCUCCUCCUGCACCACUACAACCGGUGGUGGCGGUGGUGGAGCGGUGGACCCGUUGGCUGCCCGGCCACCCGUGGCCGGUCUGCCCGUUCAGUCGUCCAACGCCACCGGCAACUCGUCGUCCGCGGCCGGCCAGCAACAGCCAAUGUACGCGACGUCCGCCAACCGGAGCACGUCGCCGUUGAACCCUCAAAACCACUUGGCACAUCCGUUUCACAUGUCCUUCCCGGUCACACAGACCCACAAUAUAAGCAGAGGCGGUGGCCGGUGCAGCAGUCUAAUGAUGAGCUGCGCGGGUUGUGACAAACCCAUUAUGGAUAAGUUCCUUUUGAACGUGCUGGACAGGGCGUGGCACGCUGAAUGCGUGAAAUGCGCUGACUGUCACGGCACGUUGUCCGACAAAUGCUACAGCAGGGACGGCAAGAUACUGUGCAAGCCCGACUUUUACAGGCGGUAUGGCAAAAAGUGCAAUGGUUGCGCCCAGGGCAUCUCACCCACUGACCUGGUGCGGAAAGCCCGGGACAAAGUUUUUCACCUAAACUGUUUCACGUGCAUGAUAUGUCGGAAACAGCUGUCUACCGGCGAGGAACUUUAUGUGCUCGAAGACAACAAAUUCAUAUGCAAGGACGAUUACAUAUCCGGCAAGAAUGGGCAAGGUAUCGACUCGUUGACGUACUCGGGAUCGGAGGACGAAGAAGACGACGAGACCACCUCCAACAGCAUAUCGUCUACCAAACACCAUCUCAUCACGGGACUCCACGGAUCGGGCGGUCCCGGUUCGAUAUUGCCACCGACUACGCCAGAAGCGAACAACAACUCGCUGUCGGCCGGUGACCUGCAAGCUCCUCACUCGGGCCUAGAUCUCAAGGAGGAUUCCGAGGACCAAGGUUCUUUGGAUGGCGACCCGGAGACCAGGGAUAGCCAAACGGAGAACAAAUCGCCGGAUGACGGCAAUUCUGGGUCCAAGAGACGGGGUCCCAGAACUACCAUCAAGGCCAAACAACUAGAAAUACUUAAGACGGCCUUUUCGCAAACGCCCAAACCUACCAGGCACAUCCGCGAACAAUUAGCCAAAGAGACCAGCCUGCCUAUGAGAGUCAUACAGGUGUGGUUCCAGAACAAGAGGAGCAAAGAACGGCGGCUGAAACAGCUGACGUCCAUGGGCCGAGGGCCGUUUUACGGUGGUGCGCGGAAAAUGCGCGGAUUCCCGUUGAACAUGAGCCCCGGGUCAUUGGACGACCAGCAACCCGGUUUCCCGUACUUCGCCGGCUCGGCCGAAGUCAAGUUUGAAUUUGGUUACGGGCCCGGAUCGUUCCACCCUGACUUCUUCGGCCAUCACGGCGGUCCGCACGGUGGUGGCGGACCCGGAGGACCAUUUGGACACCCAGGUGGUAUGGAUUCCAACCCGAUGUCUGGAAUGGGGCCCGACUACCCGGGCAUGGGCCAAGACGCUCCGCCCGGCUUCAUAGCGCAGCAACAGCAGGCAAACGACCAGCAGCUUGUGUCACAAAGGCCGGGCAGUCCGUCAGAAUUCAUGGGCUCCCAAGGUGGUAGUAGCAGUGGGUUUUCGGACGCACCAAACUUGCAGAACGAAGGCAUCGUCUGGUGAGAUAAUGUAUAUAUGUACAUCGAUCGCAACCGUCUCCGCAGAUUCAUGCCCUAACACUCACAGUAUAAUAUAAGAAUGUUGUUCUGUCGAACGGAGGUAAAAUUAUUAGAACCGUGCCAUAAUGUUAUUAAUAUUAUUAUUAUUAUUAUUAUUAUUAUUAUUAUAUAUCACUAUAUUAUAUUAUUAUAGCGCAAAACAUCUUUACGCAUAAUAACUAAAAAUACUAAAAAUUUAAAAAAAAUUAAAUCGCGCACCGCAAUACGCGUUAUUAUAUUUUUCGAAAAUAAAAUGUUAUUAUGUAUAAAAUAGAGAAUAUUUAUAACUUGUGCAACGGAUUUAAAAUAUACAUAAACGUUUAACAUUAUUUCGUGCAUAUAAAAUAUGUAUAUAUACAUAACGCGAGUAUAGGCAUAAAAAACGCAGUAUUUUGUAGGUUAGAGUAUAUUGAUAUUGUAAAAAAUUUUGCUUUUUCGGUGUACAUAGUUUAUGUAAAAAAAACUUCCGAGUCGAGCAAGGUUUUUUUUCCUCGAUAAAUACUAAAUACAUCCGUCGUAAUUUCGGUCGCAUGGAAAUCAGCGGUCACGAGUUUUUUUGAUUAAAGUUUAUAAAGUGUAAACGGCUAGAUGUAUCCUAGAAUAUAAAUAUGCAUUUAUGUAUGUAUAAUUAUAUGAUAUAACACACCUCUAACUAUUUAUAAUAUUUACGAUUAUUUGUAAUAUGCCCCGUGUGUUUCGUGUCCUAAAAGCCCCCAAAAAUCGUAAACUAUUACUGCGCUGCAGUGGACGUGAAUAUUAUAUAUUAUAUUAUAUAGAGAAAAGUCCCUUUUGUCUGUGAACGGUUUUCACUGAAAACCGUGUAUUAUUAUUAUUAUUAUUAUUAUUAUUAUUAUUAU